AUGACUGCCCCGACGUCCGCAUCGGCCAAGCCAAUCGACUACCGCAGCCUGCUGUCGCAGACGGCGCGCAAUCGCAUGCCCUCGGCCAUCCGCUCCCUCUAUCCGGCAGAGCUCAUCCCGGACAUGAUAUCGCUGCUCUCCGGAAAGCCCAACGCUGAGACGUUCCCCUUCCAUCGCAUCCUCCUUGAGCUCAAACCUCGGGGCCCUGACGGAAUCAUCGAGACCAUACCCAUCGAAGGCGCAGACCUCGACGUCGCACUCCAAUACGGCCCCACCGCAGGCAUCCCCAAGCUUGUGGAUUGGGUCGAGGAGUUCCAGUCCAGGCUGCACCACCGACCCCGGGUGACCAAAGCAGCACCGGGCGUGCACGGAGAGGCCUGGCGAUGUUCGUUCGGCACGGGCAGCCAAGACCUCCUGACAAAGACCUUUGAGGCUCUGACCGAUCCUGGCGACUCGGUCAUUGUCGAGUCGCCCGCCUACUCGGGCAUCCUCCCCAGCCUCGUCUCGCUCAAGGCCAGGAUCUUUGAGGCUCACACCGAUGCAGAGGGGGUCGAUCCCAUCUACCUCGAACAGCUGCUCUCUGACUGGGCCUCAGCCGAGGCUACCCGCACUUCUCCCUUCCCAAAGUUCAUCUACACCGCUCCCACCGGCGCCAACCCCUCUGGCACCACCGCUUCCGAAGGGCGCAAGCGCGCCGUGCUGAGCGUCGCCCGCAAGCACGGCCUCAUCAUCCUCGAGGACGACCCGUACUACUUCUUGAGCUUUCCGGGAUUGGGGGAGGAUCCGGUGACGAGGACGAGGAGCAAGAGUUACUUUGCGCUGGAGCAAGAGGAAGAGGAUCAGUGGGGCAAGGGCCGGGUACUGCGGUUCGACAGCUUCUCAAAGAUCCUCUCGGCAGGCCUCAGGUUGGGCUUCUGCACCGGCCCGACGGAGCUGGUCGACGCCAUCGACGCCGACACGUCGAUCCGCAACCUGCAGCCAUCUGGGGCCAGCCAGGGCAUCGCCCUGGCCCUGCUAUCGAGGUGGGGCAUCGACGGCUUCCUUCGCCACGCCGACUCGGUCGCGCAUUUCUACAAGGCACGUCUGGAUCAAUUCGAGGCCAAGGCGCGCCACCAUCUCUGUGCGAGCCCGAGCGUGGCCGAGUGGGUGACACCGUCGGCCGGCAUGUUCCUGUGGAUCAAGCUCAAGCUGCCGCCCACGAGGCCUUCGGAUUCUGGCGAUGGCGAUGUCGACGAGGGCGACACCCUGGAUCUCAUCGGCCAGAAGGCCAAGGCGGCGGGCGUGCUGGCGCUCCCGGGAGUGGCCUUCAUGCCUCCGCCUUCUGCAACGGGAGCGGGACUGGCUUCGGGCACCAAACGGACGAGCCCUUAUGUGCGGACGAGCUUCAGCAUCGUUCCCAUGGAGCGAGUCGACGCCGCGUUCGAAAGGCUGAGGACGGUGGUGGUGCAAGCGUGGCAGGAAGCAGGCCUCGAGAUGAUCUGA